CCAGGCACGUCUCAAUUUAUUCAUCAGGUUGUAAAAUUUUAGAGAAGUAGUCGGUCAGAUGAAGUGGUGACACAGAGAAACAACAGCCAUGGCGAGGUCUAAGGCGAGAGUGUACACUUGUUGCGCACUGAUACUACUCUGCUUGGUUGCUAUAAUUGUGUGUAUUGCUGUACUUGCGAGACGCAAAUGCCCUACUGGCACUUUCUCGAAAGCUGCAGUGGCCGCAGACUCAGGGAGAUGUUCAGAGAUCGGACGGGACAUUCUUCAGAAAGGCGGCUCGCCAGUAGAUGGCGCCAUUGCUGCGCUGCUGUGCACCUCAAUCAUGAAUCCACAGAGUGCUGGUAUCGGAGGGGGGUCCAUAUUCACAAUUAUGGACGUCUCUGGUAAAGUGAAAAUCAUCAAUUCCAGAGAGACCGCCCCUGCAAACUUGAACCCUGACCUGCUUAAGUCAUGUAACAGCACUAUUCAAGUAAAAAAAGAUAGCAGAUGGAUUGGGGUUCCUGGGGAAAUUCGAGGUUAUGCAGAGGCACACCGGCUUUAUGGGAAGUUGCCGUGGGCUGACCUCUUUCAGCCGACCAUCAAACUGGCCAGGGAAGGAUUCCCUCUUCCUUACGUCCAAAGUCUAUACCUCCCAACCAUCAAUACAAGCAGCACCCAGUCACUGCGGAAACUAUAUUCAGACGAGAACGGAAACCUUCCUAAAGCCGGUGAUACUGUGAAAUUUGAGAAACUGGCUGACACUUUGGAGAUGAUCGCAAACGAGGGACCAGAUGUGUUUUACAGCGGAACAAUAGCGAAGGAUUUAAUCAGUGACAUACAGAAAGAAGGAGGAACACUCACACUGCGGGACUUGGCCUCAUAUAAAGUUACGGUGACUGAUGCGUGGGCUGUUCCUUUGGGAGAGUACCAGAUGUACUUCCCUCCGCCCCCUGCCGGAGGAAUCAUCCUCAGCCUCAUCCUUAACAUCAUGAAAGGAUAUAAAAUGAACUCAGAACUUAAGACGACUGAUGAAAAAAUAUUAUAUUAUCAUCGUUAUAUUGAAGCUUUCAAAUUUUCCAAUGGAUUAAAGAAACAUAUCCGAGAUCCAAAGUUCCACUCAGAUAAAAUGGCAAAGAAUUUCACAGAGGGUAGCUUUGCAGACAACAUACGGAUCUUGAUCAGCAGCGACAAGACUCACGAUCUCCAGUAUUACGGCAUCACUCCGUAUCUGGAGAGCAUGGGUACCACACAUGUGUCUGUGCUGACCGAAGAUGGAUCCGCUGUGUCUGUCACCAGCAGCAUCAACCACAUAUUUGGCUCCAAAGUCUUCUCUCCAAGUACUGGAAUCAUCCUCAACAACCAGUUGCAUGACUUCUGUAGAAGAGCUGAAAGUAUCUCUACAGGAGAGCAGCCUCCCUCCUCUAUGGCUCCAGUUCUGCUGAAGUCUCAGUCGAAGACACUGGUGAUUGGAUCGACUGGUGGGAAUAUGAUCACUACUGGAAUGGCCUCGGCACUCAUAAACCACCUUUGGUUUGGAAAGAGCCUUAAGGACGCAAUUAAUAUUCCAGUUGUUUAUGUCGACUCUGAAAAUGCAGUAAAGUUUGAACCCAACUUUGAAAAGGAUGUAAUUGAGGCUCUUAAGAAAAAGGGACACAAUCAUCAACCAGCAACACGUUUCUACAAUGUAGUUAACGCUGUGGAAAAGGAGGACAGCUGUAUCUCUGCAUGGUCUGAUGAAAGGAAAAAAGGCAAAGCAGCUGGUUACUGAGGCCAAAAGCCAGGGAUGUUAGUUUAAUAGCAUAGCUUUAAGGUUAUACCAAUUCGUGCAGCCACAAAACCACAAAAUCUGUAGCAGAUGGUGUCUGUCCUGCUGGAAAAUCAUUGAACAAGAUGCUGAUUAUCUGUCUUCUUCAGCUGAGUACCUACAGAAGCAUGUAGCAGUUGAACUCGUGGCCUCUAGACACAACUGACUCUAACAGUAACAUGAUGGAUUUUGCUGCACAAGAAGAGGCAACAGCCUUAUCUGUGACUGUGCCUGACCCCCCCCCCCUUUCACUCUUCUGCUUAUUUGUACACAUUUUACCAUCUGGUACUUCUGCCAUUUCUCUCUUUUCUGGCAUUUCUUUCAGGUUUUCUGUUGUAAAAGCAACAGAUACAUAUGUAAGGUACAUGAUACUACACUCGUGUUUCAGGCAUGUGCAUAACAAA